AUGCCCAACUGCCCGUUGGCUGGAAUCUGGAGACCGGUGACGGCCACCUUUUAUUUCCCCAUCACUCCCAACACUGGAUUUCUGUACCUGGUUAACCUUUAUUUCCUCUACCAUUAUUCCACCCGGCUGGAGACAGGGGCGUUCGAUGGCAGAACUGCAGAUUAUGUCUUUAUGCUUUUCUUCAACUGGAUCUGCAUCGUUAUAACUGGGCUGCUGAUGGACAUGCAGUUGCUGAUGAUCCCGUUGGUUAUGUCGGUUUUGUACGUCUGGGCUCAGUUCAACAAAGACACGAUCGUGGCCUUCUGGUUUGGAACACGUUUCAAGGCUCAUUAUCUACCCUGGGUCAUUCUGGUUUUUAACUUCAUCAUUGGAGGCUCUUUUGUGAAUGAGCUGACUGGAAACCUGGUGGGCCACCUCUACUUCUUCCUCAUGUUCAAAUACCCCGUGGACCUGGGAGGACGUGCCUUCCUCACCACACCAGAGUUCCUGUGAGUUUUGAAUCGACAAACAUCAAGAGAUUUUAGUUUUUAAGUCAGAUGUUCUGCUGGACAAGGAGUUAA